GGGUAAGUCCCCUUCUUUGAAAACAAACAAGAAUUCAUCAAAGAUUAAGAUUAAACUUUUUCCGGUACUUUUUAAUCAUAUUUAAGUAGUUAGUAAAAACUUGAAUAAAUAGUUUCCAAAUGUGUACUCUUGAAGAAAACGAUAUGGAAACAGAAGGGGAGUUGAUCCCCAGAAAUUACCAGGAGGCAAUCUACCAAGAGUGCCUCAAAGACAAUACCAUAAUUUUUCUACCCACUGGUGCUGGAAAGACCUUCAUUGCUAUAAUGGUAUUAAAAAAUAUGGGUGGUGAUUUGCUUGGUAAUCAGCACAAGGUAUCCAUAAUUUUGGUCAAUACGGUUGCUUUAGUGGACCAGCAUGUGAGAUAUAUCAAAAAACACACUCCUUUCCAAUGCGGGGGGUAUUCGGGUGAAAUGAAUGUAGAUUUCUGGUCUUUUGAAAUGUGGACAAAAGAAUUUCAGUCAAAUCAAGUUCUGGUGAUGACAAGCGAAAUAUUAGCAGGAAUAGUCAGAGGAAAUAUGGUUGAUAUGGCAAAUGUGAAUCUCCUCAUUUUUGACGAAUGUCAUCAUGCAGUUAAUGACCAUUCAAUGAGAAUUCUGAUGAAGUACUUCAGUGGAUUAACAAACCCACCUAGAGUUUUAGGGUUGACGGCUACAUUAUUGAAUAGAAAUUGCAAGACUCAUAAGGUUAUGGAAGAGGUGAGGGAGUUGGAGAAAACUUUCAACAGUAAAAUAGCUACAGUUGAGGGUCUGGAUUUAGUAGUUGGAUAUGCUACUAAUCCGAAAGAAUUUAGGCCUAUAUUCACUCCUCCUACCGCUUCAGAAGUUGAAUUAUCUUGUUUGGACUUGCUUGAUUAUCAAAUGUCUGUAAUGGAAGUGUUGAAUUUCAUUACUAAAAAAAAAGUGCAAAAUACAGAUUUGAAUAAUCUAGAACCCUCUGAUGGCGGUAGAAAGGUGUUGGUGAAUUUAAUGAAAGAUGUUAAAAUACAUUUAGAUAUGUUUGGAAUUUAUGGUGGAAUAAUUGGUAUGUAUGUUGGAAAUAUAACGUUGCAGAGGUACUUGUUCAAUUGCAGCGAUGCGAAUUAUCGUUAUGCCAUCAAGGCCAUAAUGUCGUGCUUAGGGGAGUGCAUUAAUCGCCUCAAAUUUGCAAUGAAAGACUGCGCGGAUGAGAAAGAACGAAUUUUCACGUUUUCAAGCGAUAAAGUAUUGAAAUUGUUCGAGAUCCUCAGGAAGUUCAAGGAAAGCUCAGAGGAAGAGCUUUGCGGUUUGAUUUUCGUAGAGAGGAGAUCAACUGCUAAAGUACUCCACCACGUCUUGAAAGCUCUGAGCGAGAACGAUCCGAAUUUCAAUUAUAUUAAAUCGGAUUUCAUUGUUGGUGCGAACAAUGUUGCUUCUCUAAGUUUAGAGAAUUUAUAUGUUGCAAAAAAGAAUAAGGAAGUGAUCAAUCGGUUUACCAAUAAAGAAACCAACCUACUCUGCACAUCUCAAGUGUUGGAGGAGGGUAUCGAUAUACCUAAAUGCUCGAUGGUGUGCAAGUUUGACGUUCCCAAGGAUUAUAGAUCUUAUAUCCAGUCCAAAGGACGGGCGAGGCAUAAGAAGAGUCACUAUUACAUUUUGGUCCCUAGAAAUGAGUUACAGAAAUUUGGUGAAAAAUAUAGAGAAUACCAAGUGAUAGAGCAAACUUUGAAUGAAUAUCUGAUUGGGAAAAAUGACGAGAGAGAGAAACCAUCACAAGAGGAAAUCGAUGAAAUGUACAGCAACGAUCUGCUCAAACCUUUUUAUGUCGAUGGUCCUGGAUCAGCAUGUAUCGAUCCGGUUUCUUCCAUUUCACUCCUUAGCCGUUACUGUCAAACACUCCAGUGCAAUCGUUACACUCAAUAUGCUCCUGAAUGGUAUUACAAGAUUGAACAGAAAGGUGUUGUUGUCACAGUGUGUUUGCCUACCGUAUGCCCUUUACGAGAUGAGGUCAAGGGCGUGGCUAUGAGAAAUAAAAGAAUGGCGAAAAGGGCAGCGGCCUAUGAAGCUUGCAUCAAGUUGUACUUCUUAGGUGAACUGAACGAGUUUUUGUUACCCAAGCCGAGGGUUUUGCUAGAGACAGAUGUUUCUCACUUGUUUGAACAUCAUCCUAAGCAUAAGGAGAUUGAUGCCGGAUUGAAAAAGAUGCGUCUACACGAUUUAGAGUAUCCGGAAGCUAUUUCUGGAAAAAUAGAAGAUGGUCAGAACGUCUACCUACACAUAAUGAACUUUGAACCUCUCUUUACCAUAAUGGAAGACGAAACGAAAUUUUACAAUACAAAUCUCACUUAUGGUUUUAUCACUCCAAAUUUACUGCCAGAUACCUGCUCCUCUCCCAUUUUUGUCAAAAGCGGUACCAUCGUUGUUUCUAUAUUGAACAACGUGAAGACCAUUACCUUAUCCAAGGCACAAGUAGCUGCCGUUAAGCAGUUUCACUUCGUAAUAUUCAAUGAUGUUCUAAAUGUACUCAACAAUUGUUUUAUGCUGGAUCAUUCUGACGAGGCAGAAUCUUUGUUCUUGGUUCCUGCGAGAAAAGACACAUUGGACAUCGAUUAUGAGGUUUUAGAGAAAAAUACGGAAAUGGUGUGCCAGGAAUGCAUAGAUGACACAGAUAAGUCCAACCUGGUGGUGGAUUCGGAUAACUUUCUACAUAAGAUCGUUUAUCCUCCUUACAGGAUAGAUUUUCCGAAUUACCUGGUACUUGCCGUUUGUGAAAAUAUGAACCCACACUCAGCUUUUCCCAAUGAAACCUACAAAGACUUUUUCGAAUAUUAUGACAAGAAAUACAGUACUAAAAUUAUAGUCGAGUCGCAACCCUUGCUUUCGGUCAGAAGUUUGUCCAAAAGUAUGAAUUUAUACAGGCCGGUCGGUUUGGAGAAGAAAAGGAAAUGGGAUGAAAACUUUUCGAGGGAUAACAAGGAGUAUUUGAUACCGGAAAUGUGUGGAAAACGAGAAUUUCCUGCUGAACUUUGGAUACAAGGUAGAUUCAUUCCUUGCGUUCUCUACCGACUGAUAUUCAUGUUGCGGGUCGAAUCUCUAUGGCAAAAAAUCGGAAGAGAAUGCGGAUUCAAAAUGAAAGAACAGGAUAUGAAGCCUUUAAAGUUGAACCUCAACCUUAUCAAAUACAAACCGUUCUUGGAUGAGAAUUCCAAGGAAAAAAUAGUCGUUAAGAGGUACGAAGAAUCCGAAAGGGUGGAGGCUUUGCCCACUCCUUUGAUGGGUACCUCGGAAGACAGUAUCACAUUGGAUGUUCUUGACGAGUCUAGAUAUCCCUGGAAGGAUUUGGACGAACCGAAAGACAUCGAACGUAUGCUGGAUGUGACGACUCUUGAUGUUUUCGCAUAUUGCAAAUUCAUCAGUAGUACAAUAACGCACGAACAGAGGAAAGUGGUCUUCAGUCCCAAAAAAUUUCCCGCCUUAACUUAUGUCAAAGAAUAUGAAUAUAAGAAUAUCGAAAUGCUCUUUUUACCGAAUUCAGGUAUUGUAGAGCUGGCUGAUAUGUACGAAGCCAUGACAACUCCCAAAGCUAACGAUAUCGUUAACUUGGAGCGUUUGGAAACUCUUGGUGAUUCGUUUUUGAAAUUCAUAACCUCUCAGUAUAUAAGCGUCCGAUUCCCCCACUUUGACGAGGGCAGGGCUACUCUGUUGAAGGGCAGAAUAAUCAGCAAUAAGAAUCUGUACUAUUUGGCAGAGAAACACAAUAUGGGGGGCAUCAUGAGAAACAAGGAUCUUCGUUUGAAAAACGGCUGGAUACCCCCUGGUUUCUGCAUUCCGGAAAAGAUCAGAUUGGAUAUUUGUGAUAAGGUUGUUUCAUGGAAAAUACUGAACUCCUUCAAUUUCACAACGGAGGAAAUGAUAUCGGGUGACCUUCGUAUGGAAGAAUUCACGGUGGAAGUGAAUGAGUAUAACGAGGAUGUCACAGAGGAUUCUUUCAAUGACACGGAUCACUAUUUGAGGAAGCAAUUUAUAAAGGAUAAGUGUGUAGCAGAUGCUGUUGAAGCUAUAUUGGGGACUUAUCUUCUCAAUACUGGAAUUGAUGGUUGUCUGAAGGUGGUGCAAUGGAUGGGUAUAAUUCCACCAUCAGAGAAAAUCCACGAAUUGCUGUUACCCCCAGUACCAUCAGCAAAAUUGAGACCAGAAGUCACAUUGGAUGAAAUCAAACACCACCUGCCUCUUUACCAAGAUAUCGAGACAAUCCUGGGUUACACGUUCAAAGACAAAUCGUUCCUUCUUCAAGCCUUCACGCAUGCUUCCUACACCCCCAACAGGGUGACCCUAAGCUACGAGAAACUGGAGUUUUUGGGCGACGCCGUAUUGGACUUUUUGAUCACCUGUUUCAUCUUUGAAAAUUUCGACGAUCUGACCCCCGGAGACCUCACAGAUCUGCGAUCGGCCCUGGUCAACAACAAUACAUUCGCGAGUUUCAUCGUCAGGCUGGGCCUGCACAAAUACCUGCUCCUGUUGAAUUCGAAACUGCAGUAUCAUAUAGAUAAAUUCGUGGACUUCUUUAGUGUUAAGAAAAAUUUCGUGAUAGACGAUGAAGUUCUUAUCCUAUUGGAAGAGGAGGAUUUGAAGCUUGCUGAAUAUGUCGACGUGCCAAAGGUUCUUGGAGAUUUGUUUGAGGCAUUAGCAGCAGCAAUAUAUAUGGACAGCGGAUAUUGCCUCCAAACGGUUUGGAAAGUGUUCUAUCGUAUUAUGUGGAAAGAGAUCAAUUUAUUCAGUUCUAACAUUCCAAAGAAUGCUGUCAGGAUGUUGCAUGAGAAAGAUGGGACUUAUCCAGAAUUUGACAAAGCUAAGGAGACAGGAGAUGGAUCGGUAAUGGUGAGACUGAAUUUCCUUGCAGAAGGAAGGCCCAAAUACGUUUAUGGUUUUGGAUCCAACAAAACAUUGGCAAAGAAAGCGGCGGCUAAAAUUGCUUUGAGGAAUUUGCAAUAAAUUGCAGAAUCCUCAAGGUACCUCUAUUCAUAUAAAUCUGUUGAAAUUCAAACACCUCAGCAUUUUCAAACAAAGAGAUAUCUUGCUUUGAGGAUUCUGCAAUUCAUUGCAGAAUCCUCAAAGCAAGAUAUCUCUUCGUUUUUUUCGUUUUUUAUUAUUUUUAUUAUCAAAAAUAUCUCGACUCGAUUGCGACAUAAAUUGAAUUUCAAACGAAGAGAUAUCUUGCUUUGAGGAUUCUGCAAUUCAUUGCAAAAUUCUCAAAGCAAGAUAUCUCUUCGUUUGAAAUUCAAUUUAUGUCGCAAUCGAGUCGAGAUAUUUUUGAUAAUAAUAAUAAUAAAAAACGAAGAGAUAUCUUGCUUUGAGGAUUCUGCAAUUCAUUGCAGAAUUCUCAAAGCAAGAUAUCUCCUCGUUUGGAUAUUCAAUUUAUGUCGCAAUCGAGUCGAGAUAUUUUUGAUAAUAAUAAUAAGGCAGCCUUGUGUCUAAUAAAUAAAUACACGACUUAACAUUGUGAAACGUUGAAAAGAAAUGGUGGCAAUAUAUAAUAAUAACUAUCAUAUGUCUGAUUUAUAUGUCUAAGAGAUAAUGGUGUAUCCACCUCUUAAAUUUUCCUCUUGAUGUACUGUGAUCAAUUACAAUAAUUUUCUAUUUAUAGGAAUCCAAGUUGGAUAUAUAAUUUAUUAUUAUAUUUCGUGGAUAAGAGGAUAUUUUUUUUAUGGAUACACCAAACCAAAGCAUUUUUUUUUAUUUUGUGGGAUCAACAAUAGAUUUAAGGCAAUACUAGGUUUGAUUACUUUUGAUCAACCACCAUAUGCCCCUGAUAUGGCCUUGGGCAACUUUUUUCUCCUUCUAAAAUUAGUAUAUUUUAUGUAUUACCAAAAAUCGCUUUUGAUUGUUUUUGUCAUAUAGGAGAAGAACUGAUUAUAUUCUUUAAGAUGGGUAAGAAAAUUUCACGAUGAACAAAAUGGUUCUAUACAAAUAUUACAUAUUUUCAAGCCCGGAAGUUUCUGUAUAUUUGCAUUGAAUUGAAUAACACUCUCAAUCGGUUUAUAUAUUUUUUUUAAUUAGAGAAUUAGGGAUAAAACAACAUUUAUAUGUUUAUAUGAUUUUGAAUAUGUAUAUUGUUAUAUGUUCAUAGAUUGUAUGAAUAAAGUAUAAAUGAUCUGGUU